AUGUCGAGUGCUGAAACAGCGGACUCGGCUCAGAUUGUGGCCCACUUCAAGAAGUAUCAAGAACAGGUGGCAGGUAUUCUCCAGACCUACGCUACAGUACAAGACGAUGCGCUUUUGGGCGGGUUUCUCACUUUUGCGCAUUCAAAAUGCAUCCAGUACGUGGACGGCGCAGAGAACAACGUGGAAGUAGCACAGCGUGUGAUGGACUGCUGUUGGAAAAACGUGCACUAUCCGGUACUCAAAUGGUUCCAGUUGUGGCGCCAGCAUUUGCUGGCUGUCAAAGUGGACCAGAAGCCGCGCGUGGUGGAGCUCCGCAAGAUGAGCACUAAACUCGCCAAGUUUUUCAAAAUCAUCCACAAGUUUUACUAUGGCGUCCUCGAAAAGCUAGCAUCGGAGCACGAUCUGCGUGCAAUCGUCCCAGAGCCCUUACUGCUGCAACUGAACCUUAAACGCCCUGACACCCACAAAUCAAGCGGCGCCGCUGGCGCUGCUACCCUUACCGCUGCCACUGCGGCCACGGACAAGCCAGUAUUGCGAAAAGACGACGUAAGAGCCGUUUCGCUGAUGUUCUUGAUCCACGGCUGCUUGCUGAAUCUGGGAUCCUGUCACCGCUACAAAAGCAUGUGCGAGAGGCCCCACAACGGUGUACCAGAUUUGGCCCAUUACAAGAAAUCGAUGCGGUACUUCAAUUUGGCCACUUUGGUUUUACCCUCGGUUGGAGAGCUGUAUUUGCAAGAGGGCUUGGUCUACGUUCAUGUCAAGAGUUUCGGGUCUUCGACCUAUUCUUUCGCCAGGAGCGCCCUAUCACGUCUUCCAAGCAGCGCAGGGUUCGGCAAUUUCAUGAAUUCCGUUUGCGAACGCAACAGUAAAAUAUUCAAUGAGAUCGUUGAAACUUUCCACGAUGUCCACAAGCAUGCGACUCGGGGUAAAAUCGUUAAUCGUGAAAUCAUCGAAACGUAUUUUCUAGUUUUAUUUGGAGCGAGGUUUGCGCCAGAGCUGUGGAUCGGAAACGAACAGAAAAACCUCAUCAGUGAAGUCAUGCUCUCCCACGUUCAGCAAGAAGUGAUGCACAAAACUGCGACAAGAUACGCCAAAAACCUGCAGCUAAUUUUCCAAAACUUGAUACUGAUAAUAGCCGGCUUUGAUAUACUCAAGACGCUAAACCGUAAGAGCGUGGAGUUGCCACAAACACAGGCGAACGAAGCAAAAUACCUUGAGUUUGCAAUGGAUUACAUCAGUAAUUUUGUGAGAAACGCAGUCGUGGCAGAGCUUACAAACGAAAAAGAAUGGGUGUAUCUUGCCUUUGUACGUGUUGCUGAGUGUUGGCUAAUGGCUAAUAAAACUGUUCUUCAUUUUGCACAUCGGAAUACCAACUUUUGCGAGGCGAUGAUGCACUUGAUGAAUGAAAUUCACGAAAAGACAAAAUGUCGCGAAAUUGAAAGCAGCUCAAGUCAUAGACCACAUCGCCCUUACUACUUCCAAGAAGACGUACUCUUACGAGAAUUUAAACCUUUGAAAUACUCUUUAUCCGAUUUCAAGGACUCUGAUCUGUUCAACUCCGAGACUUCUUCAAAAGCUUUUAUUGGAAUGGCGGACAAGAUGCUCUCGAAGAAAGAAGAGCACGCGCUGCGACUGGAUGCCGUUGCCGUCUCAGGUAAAAAGUUCUUGCUGAAGAAUGCCUGUGGAAUUCAGUUGAUCGACAAGAAGUUUGUGAGAUCUGCUAUUAAGACAAGUGCAGGACAGAAGUGGGACUCUCGUUUGAACAAACAAAAUAAGGUUACGAUCGGUGGUGCCUUGUCUUCACGCGAUAUCGAGUCCCAGACCCUACUUGACGCAGGUGCUAAAUCUGGUGGCUACAGUGGAUCUUCCGUACCCCUAGCGCCAACAACUUUGGAAGUUAGACCUAGCGUGGAAUUUACUCAGCGCAGCGUUGUGGAAGUAAGAACGCCCCAGUCCUCUGUAAAGUCCGUCAACGUUCUAAACGGCCGACCAAAUGCUUCCAUUUUGCAACCAAGUUCUUCUUCGUCCUCCAUCGUUGAUUCAAAUGUAACUUCUUCCGCAACACCAUCUCACGAGAUCCCCCAUGUCACGUCAAGUACUAUUGACAGCAGUAUUGCUCCCAGUCAACCUGUUCGUCCUCCUUCUGGUAUACAAGCGGUACCACCAAUCAUGAGUCCUCCGGUGAUGAAUCAGAACAAUCCUGCUUUUCUGUUUUCUGCUUCGAACGGACCCCAAAUGCAAUUCAACCAGCAAACCCAUCCCGCGGCGCCAAUGGUUUCGUCUAUCCCUCAUGAUAUCCGUCAGACCUAUGACGUUCCAUUUUUUGCUAAUGGGCCACCCCCAGUGAUGAACAACCCAUACAUGCAAUACUGGCCUCAUGCUUACCAACCUAUGGCGUAUAACGGUCUUCAACCGGAUCAGGGCUUACCGUUCGGUCAAAAAACAGCCUACGCUCCACAACCAGGUCCCGCCCAAAACCAGUUUUACGCUGGUAACUAUGGGUUUCCUCAGUACUGA